AUGGAUGAAAACCCAUCUCCGGGAUCAUCAAGAAAUGGUGCCAUGCGCCGCCACCGCAAUCGCCAAGCAGUGGUGGAUGACGACGGAGUGGAUAAGAUUACGUGCACAGGGAAGUCAUGUCAAUCUUGCACCGCCGGAGUGAUCGCCGACUGUGUUGCCGUCUGUUGCUGUCCAUGCGCCGUCGUGAACCUCCUUGCACUGGCGUUUAUCAAGGUGCCGUGGAUGGUGGGCCGGAAGUGCUUCGGCAUGGGCAAAAAAAACCGGCAGUUAAAGGAGAAGAAGAGAAAAUCUGAGAGGAGUUACAGCGACUGUCGUGGGGACACAUUUGGAAUUUCUGGAAAGGGACGGAUAAAUGGAGGGACAAUAUUGGAAAUUGUAUCACCUGAGGAAGAGCUACCGGACAAUUUUAGCGCGGGGUUUGAGGAUGAAGAAAUUUUUCAUUUGGGUUUUGGUAGGGUCUCUUUCACUGGAAUUCCUUGUGAAACUAAGGGUAAUUAG